CGAAUGGGGGAGGAGUGAGCCGGGAGGUGAGCUUCAGUCAUUAAGAGUGAAAGAGAUGAAACACUACAGUGUCUGCGAUGCAAAAACGAGUAGAAGAAGGUCAGGUGACAAAGCUGCAUGAUAAUUAAAUACAGAACCGUCUGUGAGCGAUGGGAAGCGAGAUCCACAUCCUUACUGUCUCACCUGUCUGCGUAGGUCCUAAUCAAAGUCCCGACUGCUUUUAGUAGUUUUCGCGGAGAAAAAAAAUGAAAAGCUUUUUGCUUCGCUGUGUUUUUAUCUUCGCGAUGCUGCAGCGGAGCGUCAGGCAGACGGCUGCUUCACCGGACACAGAGUUGAACUGCUGUGAAGGGGACAUUCUCCUGUUGCUGGACUCCUCUGGAAGCGUGACCACUUCUGAGUUCUCUCGCUUUUUGACCUUUGUUGCCAAACUCCUCCACCCGUUUACCCUGGGCCGGGGCCACGUCAGGGUGGCUCUGCUGCUGGUGGGUACCACUCCUCAGCUGGAGUUCAGCCUGGAUGUCCACAGCAACCAGGAGAGUCUGCUGAGAGCCCUGCAGAGUGUCCACCAGCAGCAGGGAGACACCAACACGAAGGCCGCCAUAGAGCUGGCGAAGCGGCUGCUGUUGGAGGCAGACGGGGACGUCCCCAAGGUGCUGCUGUGGCUGACGGACGGAGUCCAGCCUGGAGACGUGGAGAAGGCGAUGUCUGAGCUGAAGGCUCGCGGAGUUUAUGUGUUAAUUGUUUAUACGAUUCAUGGCAACCACCAGGUGUUACAGCGCGUGGCGACGCCUCCGCUGGAGUCAAACCUGUACUCCGUGGACAUGGAAAGCAUCGACAUCAUCACAGAAGACCUGAGGGAGGCCAUCAUCAAAAUCAUUCGUGCAGAACGACUGAGCGUGGUUCGAUUGACUUCCCAUAGUGCAGUGCUGCAAUGGCGUCCUGUUCUGGCUGCUGACAGCGGUCACUAUGAGCUGAGCUAUAAAGCUGUGGAUGGUCGCCGCUCUGAGAAAACUAGGGUUCUCCCCAGCAGCUCCAGCCAGGCGGAGCUGACCCAGCUGCAGCCCGACACGACGUACACGGCCUCCCUCCGGCCAGAGUCCAACCAGCGGCUGCACAGCACACUGACUGUGAAGUUCACCACACUUCCUGAUGUUUUAAGUCCAGCAGAGGUCACCUUGUCUGACCCUGGUCCCCGUCAGGUCCGCGUCAGCUGGGGCCCGCUGCAGCCGGCUCGGGUACAGCGAUACACUCUGGAGUACGGAGCGAUUCCAAGCGGUCGUGUUCACACUGUGGAUGUGAGCAACCAGAAAAGCUCUGUGUUGCUGAGUAACCUGGAGCCAGGCACUCAGUACCUGAUCACAGUGAGCGCUCUGCACCUGGAUGGAAAGGAGAGAGCCAUGUCUGUGAGAGCCUGCACUCAGGAAGAAGCUCGGCCCGCCUUGACCGACCUCCGACUGACCCUGACAGAUCGGCAGGAAGGGAAUGAGGUCCAAGCAUCCUGGCAGACCAACACAGAAGGACUGAAAGGUUACUGGGUCAGCUGGGAGAGAAAAGGUUCCCAAAACUCCCAGUCAGAACGCUCCCUCUCCACCGCUUAUCUUCCCCCUUCGCCUCCUUCAGUCCGACUCGCCCACCCCGCUCCGAACAGCCGGGUGUGCGUGUCUCCGGUCUACAGCUCGGGCCGAGGAGAUGGGAUCUGCUGCACUGCCAAGACAAACAGCGGGUAGAUGGCCUGACAGGAUCCGUUCAUCUAAUUACUGUAAUUAUAUUCAUGAAGCGUUGGGUUCUUACUGGAGUGUCUCUGUAGAGUAUUUCAGUCUGUGUGGAUGAAAACUGGGGAGUCAAACCGAGUAUCUUACAGCACUGCAGAUACAUCCUAGUCUGUUAUCUUAUUUCCUGAGGUUUAUUUUAUUUGUGUACAGAAGAUUUAGAACAAAAUCAGUCAUGAAGAUACUUUAAUAUCAGUCCAAUCUGUCUCUUGUUUGCACCAUCACUCACUUCAUCUAAAGAAAUGAAAACCUGGAACAAACACGAACCUUAAACUUGUGAUAUUUAAGUGUUUUAGCUAUAAUCUCCACUUCUUAAAUUUAUUUUGCUGCUCCAGUUUUCAAGAGAAUUAAUUCCUUAGUUUAAUUGCUUGUCUAAUUAGUACAACUUUCUCUAAAAGAUCCAAUAGAAACAAUUCUUUGUAAUCAAAUUGAACCAGUGUUUAUUAGGGCUAAUUAUUGAUAAAUUAAUCCAGAUUUAUGUAAAGCACAUCACUUAUACUAACUUCAUGUUUUAGUCAACUCGUUUCCUUUUUUCUUGCACAUUUAUCGCCAUCUAGAGGCUGGAUCAAGUAUAGUUGUGGUAAAAAAGAAAGCACACCCUGAGUCAAAAUCAUCCAUUUUUUAAUAAUUCACAAAACUAUUGAAUUCUCAGUUUAAAUCCAUAACUUCAAUCAUGUUGAUGUUUAAAAUGAAAGCUAAAAUGCACAUCCCAAAAAUCUCUACAAAAUACAGAAUCAUUCAAUAAAUUAGAAUAUUAUUAAAAUAUUUUCUCAGUAACUCAGUUCAAUAAGUCAAACACAUUACAAAGAUUAAUUGCAGACAAAUUGAUGUGUCCAACUCUUUAUUUUAGUAAGUUUUCCACUAAUAAAAACAUGACAAAAAGGACCAGUCAGAAAAAUAAGAAAAAAUUGCCGUCAGACAAUAAGAAAAAAACAUUUUAAUACAGAAAAUAUGAACUUGAUAAAAAGCUUGCACUUUAAUAUUUAUAUAAUAUUAAUAUUUAAGCAGUUUAAUACCUGCUUAAAUAUUAUUUUCAAAAGGUACCUUUAAUCAGACCAAUGAGCCUCAUCGGACCGUUUAUUGUAAUUUAUUUAAUUUGACUUUAUGUUAGCAGCAUACUCUCCUUUCAGAUUGAAUCUAUAUUACAGUCAAGUCUGAGUAAUGUUUGCUGAGAUUGAUAAAACAUAUUGAUUAAAAGGAAAUGACAAAUUUGUCACUAUUCUGUUAAAUACGUCUUUUUGAAAAUAUGUUUCUUUUCUCAAUGCUGAUUGCUGCAGCUGUGAAUAGAUUUACAACCCUUGCUUAGCGUGCUUCAGCUUUUUUCAAAAUACAUUUCUAUGAAAUGAUUACAUUUCUAUGACUGCUGAUUUAAAUAAAUGCCUAAAAUGCCACAUUAAAUCCUUUCUGGUGGUUAAAUAUAUAAUAUCUGUGGUAUUUAUUUUGUUUUUAUAUUAACCAUUGCACGUAUUUCUCUUGAUCAAUGACAUAUUUUGUCACAUUCGUGACUUAAGAUUACUUUGUACUUUGUUUUCAGCUUCAUAUAAAUGAAGUCUGAGAUCUUCUGUUAACCAGCAGACAACCUGCUGCAGGUGGAUGCAUACACACAAAAAUGUCUUCAUUUCCUUCAGGUGCAAAGUCUAAAGUUGCAACUCAAGCACAUUUUGCUCAGGAGAGUUGAUUAAUCUCCUGUGUUUCAUUAACACACACUUUAAUCUCCCUGAGGUUGAAAACAUUGUGAUGCUUUAUGGCUUUUUACGGCUCAUUUGGAUGUAAAAUCAUGGGUAUGUGUAACCAAAAGGUCAAUUUUCUGCUAUGAUGUAACACAAAUGAUUUUCUUCAGUUUUUGCUGCAGUGGAAAGAUGUAAAUAUAUCCAAAGAGAGAGAAAAUCUCCAAGCUGAUUGCUUCCCUGAUGCUUAAGUUACAUAAGCAAUAUUCUUGGAAAGCUGAUUUGGACUUUCUCAGUAAACAUUCACAAUGAAGGUGGAGCUUGAUUUGGGGUGAGAUGCUGCUGACAUGAGUCCAUAAAUUUAAAAUUUUAACUCAGUAGAUCAAGACAUGGAGCAAAAGGCAACCGUCAAACUUGUUGGGAAAGGACUUAGCACACCUCUUAGCGCCUUCUACAUCAUUCUGGUGGCUCUAGGAAUUGUGGGUAAUAUCAUUGUAUUUGGAGUCAUUGGAAAGAGUGUGAUGGUGGAGCACAGCACGAGACAUCACUCGGACAUUAUUAUCGUUAAUUUGGCGAUGUCCAACCUCAUGGUGUUACUUUUGAGGAACGUGUUGCUUGUCUUUUGGGAUCUGGGCUUCAAGGUAUGAACUGCUUACAGAAACAUCUGAUGUACUGCUCAAAAAACUAAAAACUAUGGAUAUAAAAGAAUUAAAAAAGUGUUUUGCUUGUGGGACUAGCUCUCAUUUUGCACAUAGAGUUUAGGUCUACUCACUGUUAGCAGAAAUGUCAUCGUAUCUGGACUUUAAAGAGCUUCUUUUUCUUCAUUUUAAACAUAUUACAUAUUACAUAAACAUAUUAAACAAAAUAACUUGAUACAAAAGUUUAAUCUCAUCAGAUAUUUUAUCUAUUCCAUUUGAGGUCAAACUUAUAAAUACAGGUUAAAAUUUAUACAUUUAAUGCCACUUAUAAUGAAUGAAAUGCCCCCUAACAAAUUGCACCAGAAGCAUACUUUUUGAAGAACACACAUCAGCUGUUCUUCAUUGAUCCAAAGCCAAUCAAUUUGACGUAAUUUCAAAUUCCUCAAAACAAACAUUGGGUUUUAAACAUAUUCACAGUAACUGGAGAUAUCACUGCAUCUUUCCACUUUUAUUAUUUUUUGCUCCUUUUAUCUUCUUGGUUUUCAUUUACUUAGUUGUUUAGUUUAAUGUUGCAAGCUUAGUUAAAGAGUUUAUUGAAUUAAAUGUUUUAAAUCAAAUCAAAUCAAAUGUUAUUUGUUUAGCACAUGUCAGCAACAGGCCAGUUCAGAGCGCUUUACGUCAUAAAAACACAAAAAUCAACAACUGCACUGUUACAUUUUUCUGUCAUUACAUGUCAAAAUGUUGGCUAUUGUUUCAUUUAAGUAACAAAAGCAACUGUGAACAGGUGGGGUUUUAUUCACUUGUCUAAAGGAUUAAAGGCAGAUUUAAAG